AUGUCUGCACCGAAUAUCUGUUCCAUCUCCCAUUUACAUUCCUUAUUUUCAGCUGGUUUUAUCGAAUACUUCAAAGAUAUGCUUAUGAAUUUGCGACUGGAGAGUGGUGUUAUGACACAAGGCGCUUGGGACUAUUUAAUGAUGCAUAAAUUUGGAACGAGUGAUAAACACGAGAAGCAACAAUAUAUAGAUGAAUUAAAGGACGCGAUAAAUGCUCGAAAUUUGAGUAAAUACCUCUACAGUUUUAGCAAGCGAACGGACUUUUCUGGAAUUAUUGGUGCUAAAUUGGACAAUAUGGAUGUUUUGAUGGUUUCCGGAUCGCGAUCGCCACAUCUUCAGGUUAAAAUAUAA